CGCAAUCAGAAAAUUAGAGAUGAUUGGGUCAAGGCCAUGGAAGCCCGUAUCAUCAAAGAGAAAUUGGAUGAAUGCUACCGCACUGAGGGUGUCAACCACUACCAAAACUGCCGCGAACUUGCCAACAUGUAUUUCACUGCCCUGAAAGAGAACAAGGUCGAGGGUUUCCGCAAGAAACCAUCAAGCGCAUAG